AUUCGCUUGAUCGAUACCGGGAACAAGAGAGAGCGAUAUGCAUGUUUAAGCCACUGUUGGGGCGGGCAAUACCCUUUACGGACAACUAAAAAACCGGAUACUUUGUCAGAUCACCUAGAAAAUAUCGAAGAGCAAGACCUCCCAAAAACGUUUCGGGAUGCUAUCAAAGUUAUUGUCGAACUUGGUAUCCGCUUUAUUUGGAUCGAUUCGCUAUGUAUUGUUCAAGAUGACGAUAAGGAUUGGCAAGUCCAAUCCGCACAGAUGGCCAGCAUCUACGCUAAUUCCACAUUAACAAUUGCGGCUUCGGCAUCUUCAGGCCCACACGAGGGUCUUUUUCGAGUCGCAGCUCCUGAUCUUAUUGGGUGGUCUAUCUCAAACUUUCCAGAUAUUCGCGCGAGAAAACCACUUCAACACGACUCGGAACGCCUACCACUUCUUGAAAGAGGCUGGGUAUUCCAGGAGCGGCUCCUGAGUCCGCGAGUUCUCCAUUUUACAGAUCAUGAGCUCAUUUGGGAGUGCAUGGAACACUUAGACUGUGAAUGUCAGAGACUCGAAAACCCAACCGCACACUUUUGGUCGGUAUCUAAGCAAUUAUGCCAUCCGGACCGAUGGCGCUUACUCAAAGACGAUCAUUCUGAAAUUACAGACGUAUGGAUGCGACUCAUCAUGGAUUAUUUCCAGCUCGCAUUGUCGAAACCAGAUGACAUUUUCCCGGCGAUCUCAGGUAUCGCCAAAAGCUUUGGAGAAGCUACUGGAUGGGACUACUUUGCAGGCAUGUGGAAACAAACAAUGAUA